AUGGCGGAGAAAGAUGUCCCCCUCACGGCCGUCAAGGUCGAGGCCUUGGUCGUUAUGAAGAUCAUCAAGCACUGCUCGCAAACAUUCCCCACGACCGCGACUGGCUCCAUCGUCGGUAUGGAUGUGGGCGGCACACUCGAAAUCACCAACACCUUCCCCUUCCCCGUCGUUGAGGUGCCCGCCGAGUCACAUUUCGAUAACACCGCUCCCAACCCUGCCGCUGCUGCUCCCCGUGCAAAAGCGAACACUGUUUACCAGGCUGAGAUGAUCCGCAUGCUUCGGGAGGUCAACGUCGAUGCCAACAACGUUGGAUGGUACACGAGUGCGAACAUGGGCAACUUUGUCAACAUGAACGUUAUUGAGAACCAGUUCUUCUACCAGAAGGAGAUGAACGAGCGGACAGUUGCUCUUGUUCACGAUCCCAGCCGGAGCUCCCAGGGGAGCUUGAGCCUGAGAGCCUUCCGCCUCUCGCCCAAGUUCAUGGCUGCUUUCAAGGAUAACAAGUUCACUUCUGAUGAACUGCAAAAGUCCAACCUCCGAUACCAGGACAUUCUGGUCGAACUCCCAGUUGAAAUCCACAACUCGCACCUGAUCACCUCCUUCAUCCACCAGCUCCAGAACCAGACCCAGACGGCCCCCACGGAAAUCCCCGCCUCUCUCGCCGGCAUCGAGUCGUCACCCUUCGCCAAACAGCCCGUCCUGGCACCGAACUUCGACAACCUCUCCCUCAGCAUCGACCCCUUCCUCGAGAAGAAUUGCGAUCUCCUUCUGGACAGUAUCGAAACCCACCACACCGAGACCAGCAACUUCCAGUACUACCAGCGCUCGCUGGCCCGAGAACAGGCCAAGAUCACCGCCUGGCAAGCCAAGCGCAAGGCCGAGAACGCCACCCGCGCUACACUCAAGCAGCCCGCCCUCCCCGAAGACGAGUGGCAACGGCUGUUCAAGCUCCCCCAGGAGCCCAGCCGCCUCGACAGCAUGCUCAACAGCCGCCAAGUGGAGCAGUACGCACGCCAGGUCGACAGCUUCGUCUCGGCCACAACAGGCAAGAUGUUCGCGGUCAAAGGCAACCUUUUGCCCAAUGAGGUUGCCAAAUGA